CUCCGCCGACACCUGACGGUGUGGGAUUUGAUACUCAUUGGAGUCGGUGGCACCAUUGGCUCCGGGAUCUUUGUAUUGACGGGACAAAUUGCCGCUCAAUCCGCUGGUCCUUUGACUUUUCUGUCCUUUGCGAUUGCCGGUAUCGCCGCUUGUUGCUCCGGCGUGUGCUACGCCGAAUUAUCGGCACGGAUUCCGGCCGCCGGAUCGACCUACGUGUACGCCUAUGUCUGUCUGGGAGAAGUUGCGGCCGUCGUGGCGGCAGCCUGUCUCACGCUCGAGUACGGCGUCGCCGGGGCGGCCGUCGCACGAUCCUGGGGUGACAAGGUCGUGCUGUGGAUGCAAACGUCCUUUGGCGUGUCCGUGGCCUCCUGGAUGAUGCCCUGGGGCGUUAAUCUUCCCGCCGCCGUCGUCUCGUUGGGAUCAACCCUUUUGCUGUUGGCUGGCGUGCAAGAAAGUAAGAAUGUUUCGAACGUGAUUACGUCGCUGAAAAUGGCGAUUGUUGCGUUCAUGACCAUUGGUGGCUUUAUCCUCUACCAAAAAGUCAACAUGCAAGCUCCGUUGGCGCCGUUCGGAGUGGACGGGGUCUUACGGGGCGCCACAACCAGCUUUUUUGGAUAUCUCGGAUACGAUGAAGUCUGUGUGGUAGCCGGGGAAGCUUUGCAUCCUGCGAGAGACAUGCCCCGAGCCGUCUUGGGGACCAUUUCAAUUGUCACGGUGUUCUACGUGUUAUCGGCGCUAGCCUUGACCGGUAUGGUGCAUUACAGCGAUAUUAGUCCGACGUCGGGCUUUCCCGAAGCCUUUGCUACCCGACACGUUAUGUGGGCCUCGCAACUGACGGCGCUGGGGGAGCUCGUUACGCUACCGGUCGUAGUACUGGUCUCCCUUAUGGCCCAGCCGCGAUUGACCUUUGGUAUGGCCAGUGAUGGCUUGCUACCGGCAAUUUUUGCCCAAGUGGAUAGCACUGGAAAUCUUCAAGGAGGAACAUUGGUUUCUGGUUUGGUCAUGACGUUCGUGGCAACGUUUAUCCCCUUUGUGUACUUAAAUGAUUUGAUCAGCGCUGGCAUUCUCCUCGCCUUUAGCAUGACCAACUCGUGUUUGCUGCUGUUGAGAUGCGAACCACCGACUCGGCAACCC